CCCAAGACGCAUAUUCUGUACCAUGGCACAAAUUUCCCUCAAAAGUCAUGGAUGAGUUGCGUGAAAAAAAGUACAUAAUGGGGAAAGACAGACGAGAGAUGGUUCGGAUCGUCGCUGAAGAUUACCUCCAUAAACACCCAGGAAGACCUGGUAGACAAAAGCUGAGGGAACUCGCCAGUAUGAUUGUAGGACAAUAUCCUGCCUCCUUCAAGCUGACAGAGCCGUUUGGAAACAAACCUUUUGCAAAAGAUGGUUCUGAAACUCUCUUUCGUCAGCUGGAACACAGAAUUGAAAAUAUGAAGAGGCCACAAAGCUCACUGAAGAGGCAAGCAGGGGGUGAAAAUUCAACAAAGAAAAGGCCCAGGAAUUCAGAUCUGUAUGGAUGUGUGGCGUGGGAUCCAAUCAUUGAGGGGGCCGUGUGUAGAGAAGACCUGCUGUCUAAACGAGAUGAGUUGAAACGUGCCUUUCAAACCCAGGAUCUUCAGGAGUCAUCUGUUCGAAAAUUGAUGACUGAAACAUAUCCCAUUCAGCGUGAAAUCCUCAACGAUGAUGAUACCACUAUUGUCGUUGUAAAGGACGAGUGGCCGUUCCUGUUUGAAGUUCCUCACCUGUUUGAUCAUGCAUCUAAACUCCUUGGCUUCUCUGUACAAAACAAGCUGGCACAGGAACUUUCCAAAAAAGAAAAGGGAUCAAUGACUUCCUUGACUCCAAAGGGAUGA